AUGUCAAAGGGCACGCAGUCUCGACGACGUGCGCCACCUCGACGCAAGCCGCUGUUGAAACCGUACCGUCGUUCAACCCUGCUUGCAAAGCGAAAGCAACAGGGUUACACUAUUGGGACAAUAAAGGCUCUCUUACAGAAGCACUCCACGCUCGGGCCAUGUAGUAGCGACCGCGAGUUCGCGCGAAAAGAGAACGUUCCCAUCGCCACCCUACGAGGAUGGCUGGCUAGAAAGGAGGAGUUCCUCCAGUCCAAGAAGCAUACCAGCAACGCCACUCUCAGUGGCCAUGGCCACAGCGAGGCGGUGGACUUCGGCGACGCACUGGCCAGCUUCAUGGACAGCGUCCGCGACCACGAGAAGUUUUUGACGACAGCGCACCUAGUGACAUGGCUGAAGAACCAUCAACCUGCCUGGCUUGACUCUUACCUGGAAGGCAAGGUGGAUCCGUCACGAGCGUACAAGGCACUCCUGGGAUGGUGCCAAGACUUUGCGCACCGCCACGGGUUCUCGCAGCGCGUACCCUGUGCGUCCAAACGGACGCAGGAGGACUUGCAGGCCACGCGCAUUGAGUACGCACAAUCGUUCUGGUCCAGGUACGGUGCCUACGACCGCGGGAAUAUCAUCAACAUCGACGAAACUGGAGUACAUUAUGACAUGCCGCCACGUCGUACAUGGGCACGAAUCGGGAAGUCGGCCAAAGUUGAUCGCCAGCAGAAGCACUCUGACCGGGUGACCGCCGUCCUUGCCAUACGCGCAGAUGGACGCAAAUUGCCUCCCUGCAUCAUCGUGCGUGGUCAGCCUGGCGGUCCUGUGGAGCAGGACGAGUUGCCGACGUAUCCACGUGACGCAAUCUACGCUGUCCAAGAGAAUGCGUGGAUGGAUGAGCGAGUGUGGGACAUCUACCUGCGCGAGCUCGUCCAGUACGAGAUCGAGGGACCGUCUGUGGUGGUGGUCGACAACCUGUCGGCGCAUGUCACACCUGCGGCGUGCGAGUUAGUCCGUGGCGACUUAUACAGUGUACUGGAAGAGCUGCCAGCGAACGCAACUAGUACCGUUCAACCGCUUGAUGUUGGUGUGAUGGGGCCCUUUAAGGCCAAGUGCCGCACCGAGUGGCUGCACGAGGUAAAGGUUACAACAGCUGCAGAGAAACGGUUGGCGAUGGUGAAAAGAAUUUUGAAAGUAUGGGAGUCUAUUCCACCAGCGAUGGUUAUUCGCUCGUUUGAUAAGGCUAUUCCUUGUGAUGAGUCGUAA